GUUGAUAUCCCAAUAAAAACAGAAAAUCCCGCCAUCAUCAGCUCCUCCACAACGCCAGCAAGUUUGGUAGUGUCCACAAGUAUGCUUCCGCCACGAACAGGAAAACCCCUAGCAAUGAUGGCUGAAAUGGCAAACAAAACAAAACUCGCGUCAGCACACGCUGCCAAGGCAACAGGGAUGACGAAGUCCCUCCACCUGGGGAAGAACAAAGCUAGUAAUGGUGUUGAGGAUGGUGGAACUCAUGUUGUCAAGCUGGUACAUACAUUUUCAUUUAAGGAGCUUGUUGUCUGUCGUCUGGCAACGAUGGAAGGGUCCCAACCCACCCUGGGGGAAGAAACAAUAUUACCCGAAGAAAACCCACGACUUUCGGCGAACUUCUGACAGUCAGUUAAUAAACUAAAUUUUUAUUUUGUAUAGAAAAAGGCAAAAAUUAAUCCCAUCCCGAAGAAGUUGUGCAUUCGAACGCAUUGUAAUAAACCUGCCAAGUCUACCAAGGAACGAGGCACGAUGUUUUGCAGCGAUGACUGCCUCAUGCGGUAUUGUAGGUAAGUCAGAAUGAAUUGGUCGCUUUAUCAACUUCAUAGGAGCAAGAAAAUGAAGCUAUAUUCUACAAUUCUAUUUCUUCAAAUACAAGAAUACUACAUAUAAUGGAAAUAAUUUUUACAUUAACUGAUUUAACUGGCAAUAACUGAUUUUGAUUGUGUUCAUUUUCCAAAACAUGAUAUAAUACUCACAAGCGUCUAUUUUCCAUCAUUUAGGGGUAUAUUCAGAUCUUGGGUGGAGGCGAGACGUCCGACAGCAGCUACAUAAAAAUCACUCUAAUGCAAAGCAUAUGAAUUUUCUAUGGUAUAUAUGUUCAUUUUGUACCGCGUUGUCAGUUUUGUCCAAAAUAUUUCUAUUUAUUUACUCGUGUUGAGAAUUGAGAUUGAAACCGUUGAAUUUUGUAUAAAAAACAUUAAAUUAUCAUGACGUAAAUCAUUUUGUGUGACAUAAUCAAGUGCUCUUGUGUUAGAGUUUUCUACUACACAUAAAAACACACAAGUUGUAACAAACCUGCAGCAGACUUGCAGUAAUACUAUUCCAACAACUUGUCAACAGGAUGUGUUAGCACGGCUUGUUGACAACUUGCUACAAGAUUGUUUAGCUCAACAGACUUGUUACAAGUUGUUUCAACAAGCUGUGAAUGACAACCUUGUAGCAACUUGAUGAAAUAACAACAUUGUUACAACUUGUUGAUAAGCUUGUUACAAGCCUGUUGAGAACACAUCUUGUUGACAAGUUGUGAGAUUUUUACGUAUGUAAAUGCGAUGUUCUUAGGAACUAAAGCAACACCAGAACAGUAAAAAUAGGUUUUCUAUUUCUCUACACCGCGGCAGACGCUCAACCACCGACAUAACAAAACGUAACAUUCAUUGUACAUAAAAUCGUGUUUUAUUUUCAACAGGGCUUAAAAAUUGACAAAAUAAGUUAAAGCCGUAUCUAAUACGGCGGUAAUAAUUCCUAACUACGAGAACAUUCUUUUGAGCGGGUCUGUAGGCCAUAGUCUUCAAAGCUCGUCAUGCUUUUUCGACUACAAAAGAGAGGUAAAA